AAUCACACAUUCUUAUCAGUAUUGAUUGAACAACAAACUCGGUAUUGUUUUUGUGAUGUGUUAAAACUUUUAAACGUUGAAAGUGAUGAAGUGCUUGUAAAUUAAGUGUCCUUAAGUGCAUUGUGGGAUUUACAGGUCAGCCUGUUUCUGAUAGGUAAUGGCAACAACUCCAGGGUUCAAAGACCUUCAAGAUGACAGUGAUCAGUCGGAUUCAGAAUUUCAGCCGCUUUACGACGACACUGACGAAUUAGACCAAAGAACAGCACAAGAGACAAAAGGAUGGAAUCUGUUCCGAGAGAUCCCUGUGAAGAAAGAGAGUGGGUCGAUGGCAUCGACGGAAUGGAUCGACAUAAGUAUGAAGGUGUUCAAGGUAUUGGCAUAUAUUUUCACCUUCGCGGCUGUUUUGGGGUCGGCUGUUAUAGCGAAAGGAACUCUGCUAUUUAUAACUUCGCAACUCAAGAAAGAUCGUCUCGUCAGCCAUUGUAAUAGAGCUUUAGCUCUGGAUAAACAAUUCUUAGCAGUUCUCCCGCUAGAAGAGCGAGUGUCAUGGCUUUGGGCUGUGUUGAUUGUGUUCGGUAUACCAGAAUUGGGCAUGUUUAUUAGAUCAGUACGAAUUUGUUUUUUCAAAACUGCAAGAAAACCGAGCAGAUUGCAAUUCAUUAUAGCUUUCCUAAUCGAGACAUUACAUGCAGCCGGGGUUGCUAUAUUAACCCUCAUUAUCCUGCCUGAAUUGGACGUGGUUAAAGGAGCCAUGUUAUUAAACUCUCUAUGCUUCGUACCCGGACUUCUCAACGCAUUAACCAGAGAUAGUAACGAAAGUCGAUAUUUAAUUAAACUUAUUCUGGAUGUAUUUGCCAUCUCUGCACAAGCGACUGCAUUCGUCGUCUGGCCACUUCUAGACGGUAGCCCAGCUUUAUGGUCCAUACCGGCCGCUUGUGUUUGCAUCUCGUUGGGAUGGUGGGAAAAUUAUGUGGACUUUACCGAAAACAAAACAUCCUUUAUUUUCUACUAUUUGUGCGAAUUAAAACUGGCACUCAAGAAAACAAGGUAUUAUACUCAGAGAGUACUUUCUUUGUGGAAGAUUUGCGUGUUUAUGGUUUGCAUUAUAAUUUCACUGCACGUUCAAGACGACAAUCCUUUCGCCAUCUUCACAUCUACCAGCGAGGCUUUCGCACCGCGCAACUAUAGUGUCUACGAGCUUAGAGUAAUAUUCGAAGAUGCAUACGACGGCAACUUGGAAUUCGAUUUAUCAGAGGCGGCAUUCUACUUACCUGUUUCGUGGACGUCGCCGCUUUGGGUGGCUCUGAUACAAGUGGCGGCGGCAUAUUUCUGUUACGCGAGCGCAAAAUUCGCCUGCAAAAUCCUCAUACAAAAUGUCAGCUUCACAUUCGCAUUGAGCCUCGUCGGACCGGUUCUAGUCAAUCUGUUGAUCGUAUUCUGUGCGAUGAGAAAUGCGAAUCCUUGCGCGUUUCACGGGACAAUACCUGAUUAUUUGUUCUUUGAAAUACCACCAGUUUACUUUUUAAAAGAUUAUCUAGGCAAUGAGAUGGCUUGGAUCUGGUUGUUGUGGUUGGCAUCUCAGGCGUGGAUAACAGUGCACACGUGGAUGCCGCGCUGCGAACGUCUCGCUGCGACUGACAAACUGUUCGCCAAGCCGUGGUACCUCGGACCAUUAAUUGAUCAAUCACUACUAUUGAACCGUACGAAAGACGACGAAAAUGACAUACCGAUUGAGGACUUGAGGGAACUUCAAGAUGAAGAUGAUCGAUCUCAUGCAAGUUCUGAACAAGUGGCUAAAGAUAUAAAGCCCUCUGAUAGUAUAACAAGGAUUUACGUUUGCGCAACCAUGUGGCAUGAAACAAAGGAUGAGAUGAUGGAGUUUUUAAAGUCUAUUUUCCGCUUGGAUGAAGAUCAGAGCGCGCGUCGCGUGGCUCAGAAAUACCUGGGUAUUGUGGACCCUGACUAUUACGAACUGGAAAGUCACAUAUUCAUGGACGAUGCUUUCGAAGUCUCAGACCACAGUGCAGAAGAUUCUCAAGUGAAUCGCUUCGUUAAAUGUUUAAUAGAUACUAUAGAUGAAGCGGCUUCUGAAGUGCAUUUAACAAAUGUACGGCUCCGACCACCUAAGAAGUUCCCCACACCUUAUGGUGGCAAGUUAGUUUGGGUUCUACCAGGAAAGAACAAAAUGAUAUGUCACUUGAAGGAUAAAUCUAAAAUAAGACAUAGGAAACGAUGGUCUCAGGUGAUGUACAUGUACUAUUUCCUAGGUCACCGAUUGAUGGAUUUACCGCUAUCUGUGGAUCGGAAGGAAGUGAUCGCAGAAAAUACUUACCUGCUCGCGUUGGAUGGUGAUAUUGAUUUUAAACCUUGCGCUGUCACAUUACUAAUAGAUCUAAUGAAGAAGGACAAGAACUUGGGAGCUGCUUGUGGACGAAUUCAUCCUGUUGGUUCUGGUUUUAUGGCGUGGUAUCAAAUGUUCGAAUAUGCCAUCGGUCAUUGGCUGCAAAAGGCGACGGAACACAUGAUCGGCUGCGUGCUGUGUAGUCCGGGAUGCUUCUCGCUCUUCAGAGGGAAGGCUUUGAUGGACGACAAUGUUAUGAAGAAAUACACAUUGACAUCAAAUGAGGCUCGUCACUACGUACAGUACGAUCAGGGCGAGGACCGAUGGCUGUGCACCCUGCUGCUGCAGCGCGGCUACCGAGUGGAGUACUCCGCCGCCUCGGACGCGUACACGCACUGCCCCGAGCGCUUCGACGAGUUCUUCAACCAGCGGCGCCGUUGGGUGCCUUCCACUAUUGCUAAUAUCUUCGAUCUGUUGGCGGACUCUAAACGCACCGUCGAAGUUAACGAUAACAUAUCUACCCUCUAUAUUGUAUACCAGACGCUGCUCAUGAUGGGCACAAUCUUGGGUCCAGGCACGAUCUUCCUGAUGAUGGUGGGCGCGAUGAAUGCGAUCACCGGCAUGAGCAUCAUGAACUCUCUGCUAUUAAAUCUUGUUCCGGUGCUCGUAUUUCUUGUGGUCUGUAUGACUUGCAAGUCUGAAAUACAGAUAAUGCUGGCUAACGGUAUAACAUGUGUAUACGCCAUGCUAAUGAUGAUGGUGAUCGUGGGUAUAGCACUACAAAUAGUAGAGGACGGCUGGUUGGCGCCCUCCAGUAUCUUCACAGUUAUCACUUUCGGAAUAUUCUUCUUGACUGCAGCAUUACAUCCACAGGAAAUUAUCUGCUUAUUAUAUUUGGGCGUGUAUUACAUAACUAUUCCAAGCAUGUACAUGUUGCUCAUUAUUUAUUCGUUGUGUAAUUUAAAUAACGUAUCGUGGGGCACAAGAGAAGUCGCACAGAAGAAAACACUCAAGGAAUUAGAAAUGGAAAAGAAAGCUACAGAAGAAGCGAAGAAGAAAAUGGAUACUCAAGGAAUGAUGAAAUGGUUUGGUAAUAAGUCGGAGGAAAGCAGUGGUUCUUUAGAAUUCAGCGUCGCGGGCCUUUUUAAAUGUAUGUGCUGUACGAACCCUAAAGAUUACAAGGAAGAUUUGCAUUUGCUUCAGAUAGCCAAUUCUCUUGAGAAACUUGAAAAGCGCUUGGAAUCACUGGGUGCUCCACCGGAGAUGGAGGCUGCGCCUCGGCGGCGCUCUUCUAUGCCUCUCCGGGGCGAUACUCUGUCCAUGCUGCCAGAAUACGCAGAUAGUGAGGGUUCUGCUGAUAUUCCGAGGGAAGAAAGAGAUGACCUAAUCAACCCCUACUGGAUAGAGGACCCGAAUCUGCAAAAAGGUGAAGUAGACUUUUUGACAACAGCUGAAACUGAAUUCUGGAAGGAUUUGAUUGACGCUUAUUUGCGACCGAUUGAUGAAAACAAGGAGGAACAGGAGCGUAUUAAAACAGAUUUGAAAAAUCUACGCGACACAAUGGUGUUUGCAUUCGUGAUGUUGAACGCGCUGUUCGUGCUGGUUAUAUUCUUGCUGCAACUCAACCAGAGUCAGUUGCAUUUCAAGUGGCCGUUCGGACAAAAGAUCGGUAUUAUGUAUGACGACGAGACAAACAUAGUGUUCUUAGAACGUGAAUAUCUGAUGUUGGAACCAAUAGGGUCUUUGUUCCUGAUCUUCUUCGGUACAGUAAUGGUCGUUCAGUUCGUUGCAAUGUUGUUCCAUCGACUCGGCACUCUUACUCAUUUGCUGUCGACGGUCCAACUCAAUUGGUACUUUACGAAGAGGGCUGACGAAAUGACAGAACAGGCGAUGAUAGAAAAGCAGGCGAUAGAAAUAGCGAAGGACCUCCAGAAGUUAAACGUGGACGAUCUGGAGCGGCGCGGCGUGGACGAGGCGAGCGUGGCGCGCCGCAAGACGCUGCACUACCUCGAGCGCGCGCGCGACAACAAGCACAGCGUCAUCAACUUGGACGCCAACUUCAAGAGGCGGCUCACUUUGCUUCAAAAUGCUGAUCCAGAUAUGAUAGCUCGGAUGCCGUCGCUGCGUGGCAGCGUGUCCGCGCGGCGCGCUACACUGCGUGCGUUACAGGCUCGCCGCGAGUCGCUGACUGCGGAGCGGCGCCGCUCGCAGCUGCAGCGAGACUCCACAGCCUACCUGUACGACGAGCCUAAGACCACGUUGAGCGAUCUAGCUGGUAGAUCGUCGAUGUCCGGCGCGUAUGUGAACAAGGGCUACGAGCCAGCUCUGGACAGUGAGGACGAUGGCUCGCCGGCGCCGCGCCGCAGCACCGUGCGUUUCAGAGACAACUUUAAAUAAUCACAUUGCUUUGUAUAUUUAUUUAUUAAACGUGUUUUUUAUCAUGAUCUCUAAAUUUA